CUCUCUCUGUCGCUCUCGCGCUCGCUCUACACACGUGAUCAAUUGAGAUGGUUUCAGUUCCAUCUCGGAAAGAGCGAAAUUUGAUUUCGAGCUCGUUGUCGCGUGCUUGCGGAUAUGCGUGCAGCCCCAAGCUCAGGAAGCCGACCACAAGGUAACGUAAUUUUACCGCUUGCGCGCACCACUUUAAAGUGAGAACCUUUAAGCAGCCAUGGCUACACCCAAGACGAGGGCAAGCAGUUUCUCGAGGAACAUACCAUCUACAGCUGCGUCUCAGGUGCCAGGAGUGAAGAGUGGGCCGAAUGGGACUCUCUUUUUAUCUUCCGGGAUAUCAGACCUUGACAAAAUAUUAGGGGGUGGCUUUCCUCUUGGAAGUUUGGUUGUUGUCAUGGAAGACCCAGAGGCACCUCAUCAUAUGCUUUUGUUGAGGAAUUUUAUGUCUCAAGGACUUGUUCACAAUCAACCACUUUUGUACGCAAGUCCUGCCAAAGACCCAAGAGGGUUUCUGGGUACUUUGCCUAGUCCUGUGUCGUCUAAAGAUGAUAAGUCGCUCGACCGUGAUUCAGAACAGGAGAAAGGCUUGCGGAUCGCUUGGCAGUACAAAAAGUAUUUUGGAGAAAAUCAGCAGAAUUCAAAUAGCCAAAGAGAUAACAAGUUCGAGUACUGCAAUGAGUUUGAUUUGCGGAAGCCCGUACAAAGGCAGUUUCUCAGUGGACAACGCAUAGAGUGUAUAAGCACUCAAGAUUCUCCAGAUCUUGCUGCUCUCCAUGAUCGUUGUGCAUCAUUUCUAAAACAGUUUUUGAAAACUGAUGGCAACAUUUCCGGUGCUGGCCGCAUUGCAAUUCAAUCUUUUUGUGCCCCACAAUGUACAUAUUUUGAGCAGGAGUGGCGUGUUCUUUCAUUCAUAAGAUCACUGAGAAGCAUGAUUAGGUCUUCGAAUGCAGUUGUAAUUCUUUCCUUCCCGCCGUCCCUACUUUCCCUUUCUUUCUCUAAAAGAUUGCAGCAUAUGGCAGACACAUUGCUGUCAGUCAGAGCAAUCCCAGAUGAGGACAAAGACUUGGCAAAACUUCUCACAGGCUACCAAGACAUGAUUGGACUUCUCAGUGUACACAAAGUAGCACGUAUUAAUACACAGGUUCCUGUCAUUCUUGAGGCGGCGACAUUUUCCAUGAAAUUGCAAAAGCGCAAGUUUUUGGUGCUUGAAUGUCUGAAUCAAGCUCCAGUUGAUGGUUCAAGUGGCACGUCCUAUGCUACUUCCGGGAGCUGCUCUGGUUCUUCUAAGGGCAGGUCCCUUGACUUUUAGCCUGUAUUAGCUCUUAGAGAAGCCACAUAAUGUCGAGAGAUUGGCGGAAUUUUUGUGUCUUGGAAGCAAAGACGUCCAUUUUACGUGGCUAGAGUUAAUUCUAUUUACAUCUCACAUACUAUUAUUUUAUGGCAUCCGAAGAUGGAUGAACUCCUCUCACCAAAACACCCAGGAUGGAUAUUUCGAGACUCAGUGUUUAUCAGUGGAUUAUGCUAUUCGAAAAAAAUGAACAGAAUCUUUAUUGUGCCCUCAAACAUUCUAGCUAUAACUUAUUUCUCAACGAGUGCUUUACGUCA